AUGGCCGCGACCCAGGGCAGACGCAAUGAUGGUGCCGUCGAGGGAAAUUUUGGCAUCGACUAUGUUCUCCACUACAAGAUCCCCGCCAGAGAGCAUGCCGAUGCCGAGGCUGCCUUUGUCCAGCUGAUGACCGACCUCCACCAGGUAGGCCUGGAUACGCAGGUCCGCAACGGCCCGGACUCGUCGCUCUUCGUCUUCAUCAAGCUGGCUUCGGAGGACGUACUGGCGCAGAACGUCUACCACGCCCGCGUCCAGGACUGGCUGCAGGGUAUCCGCUCCUCCCUGCCGGACAAGGAUGUCGGAGCCACUCUGGGCGAUGAGCCCAUCACGGAGGCCGAGCGGUCGCGACUGGUGUACCUGAUGCUCAGCAGGCCUCCUUCGGAAGGCGGGGCCGGCAUACUCCCUCGCUCGGGUCGCUGGCGCUACGUCGAUUCCCUCUUCCCCCUGCACAACAACGAAUUCAACAAGGCCUGGCUCAAGAAGUGGAGCACGAAGUAUCUCCUCGACCAGGACGACCUCGACGAGAUCCGCGACAAGUUUGGGGAGACGGUGGCGUUUUAUUUCGCCUUUGUCCGGUCGUACUUCCUUCUGCUGCUGUUCCCUGCCGGCCUGGGUCUGACGGCCUGGCUGUUUCUGGGACAGUUCUCGGUCGCCUACGCCAUGCUCAGCUGCCUCUGGUGUGUCUUCUUCUUUGAAUUCUGGAAGAAGAAGGAGGUCGACCUUGCCGUCCUGUGGGGCGUGCGCAACGUGUCCAACAUCUCGCACCCGCGACCGGAGUUCGAGUGGGAUCGUGAGGCCGAGGACCCCGUCACGGGAGAGCCCGUCAAGGUCUACAGCCACCUCAAGCGUCUGCGCGUCCAGCUCCUCCAGAUUCCCUUCGCCCUGAUCUGUAUCGGCCUCCUCGGCGGUCUCGUCAUCGCCUGCAACUCGCUCGAGGUCUUCAUCAAUGAAGUCUACAGCGGCGGAGGCAAGGCAAUCCUGGCUCUCAUCCCUACCAUCAUCAUCAGCACCGCGACGCCCGCCCUGUCUGCCCUCCUCAUGCGCGGAGCCGAGGUGCUGACCGAGAUGGAGAACUACCCGACAGUUGACGGUCACAGAGCCGCUCUCAUCCAGAAGCAAUUCGUGCUCAACUUCAUCACUUUCUACAUGCCCCUGCUCUUCACCGCAUUCGUCUACAUCCCCUUCAGCCACGUUCUCAAGCCCUUCCUCGAGUUCUGGAGCAAGACGGCCCAGGCCGUCACCUUCAGCGAGAAGCCCCUCCCUACCAAGCAGCUGCGGAUGGACCCGGGCCGCAUCAGCAGGCAGAUGUUCGGCCUGACGGUUACGGGACAGGUCGUCAACCUCGGCAUGGAGGUGGUGCUCCCCUGGGUUACGCGCAAGGCGUCUGCCAAGGCCAAGGAGCUGCAGACGAAGGAGGACCCGGCCGCCAGAGACCACCCUGAGGAGACGGAUCUCAUGCAGAGGGUCAGACACGAGUGCGGGCUCGACAUUUACGACGUCAGCGUCGACUAUCGUGAGAUGGUGAUUCAGUUUGGCUACCUAUCCAUGUUCUCCGUCGCGUGGCCCCUGGCGUCGGUCUGCUUCAUCGUCAACAACUGGGUCGAGCUCCGCUCCGACGCCCUCAAGAUUGCCGUGGGCAGCCGACGCCCCAUCCCGUGGCGCUGCGACUCCAUCGGCCCCUGGCUGACGGCCCUCGGCUUCCUCUCGUGGCUCGGCAGCAUCACGAGCUCGGCCAUCGUCUUUCUCUGCAGCCGCCCUCCGGAUGGGGAGCUGAGCACCGCCUCCAAGAUUACGCUGGCGGGAUUCCUGACCAGCGUCCUCUUCGCCGAGCACUUCUAUUUCGCCGUUCAGAUGACCGUCGACUACGUGAUGUCCAAGAUGGAGAGCCCCGGCCUGCAGAAGGAGCGCAGGGAGCGAUUCCACCUCAAGAGACAGCUCCUAGGCGAGGGCCAGCUGCAGACCGUGCGGCGGACGGCGCCGUCGUCGGCCCCUCGGACUGCCAGCGUCGGUGCUGCGACCGGUGCGGAUGCGUCGGGGAUCACCCGCCAGUCGCUCGAGGACGAGGCGCGCGAGCAGUCGCUCAAGGGACACGGGACCGACGAGGAAUUGUUUUGGCUGCGACAGCGUAGCACGGACGAGUCUAUCACCAUCGGCCGCCAAAUUAUUCAAGAGCUCGUCCAGGAAGAGACAGGCUCUCCGGAAAAGGCAGCUCCUGAGCCUAGUCCCAAGGCCGAAUGA